AUGGAACCCACCCUCUCCGAAGACUUCGUCCAGGAAUGCUUUCAUUCCUAUCUCAAAUCUUCCUUGUCUCAUGCAAAGGUGGAGGGCCUGCUGGACGAGAACGCGCUUGCGAGCGCAGAAGCCGAUCUCAUGAUAACUGGUCCCGCGCUAUGCUUAUACUUCGCCGCACUUCGAUCAACAACCCACCCACCGUCCGUCCCCCUUCCCCGCAAAGCCAAGAACGGCGCAAGUCUAGACCCUACCGAUCUCUCCCUCACGAAUUGCCCUCCAGCAUUCCGCCAAUUCCUUGUCGUCUGGUCGCAGCUCGUCCCUGCCAUCCAAGCCCUCUCUCCAGAAUACCAACACGACCUCGCCCGCAUCAUCUGUGGGCUCGAGCCCCAGGCGACCCCGCUCAAUCGCCGCCUAAGCGGCAUUGCUGCAGAUCUGCGCGCUGUGGCGAUCGAGAUCAGCAUGCGGAGGACAUUCCAGGAGAAGUACGCGAGCGAUCUGCAGGUUGCACUAGACAGUGGGGUACCGCGCUCUCCCGGGGGAAGGGCGCUCAAGGCGAGUUUCGUCCCGCCUCCGAGUUACGACGACGGCCCACCGCCCUCGUCGAGCUCAAAUGUCCCACCGUCGUCUCCCCCUCCAACAUCGUCGUCUACGCUCACCGUGCCCGGGUCUCCCCCCGCGUCCUCGUCCAGACUCUCCCCUGCUCGACCUCCCAACGUUUCGUCUCGUCGCGGCCAUUCCCCUAAUCCAUCUAUAUCCUCCGUCGCCUCCUCCAUCUCCGACCGCUCCUCCUCCCCCAAGUCCGAGGUGUUCUCCCCGACGAUCCUAGCGGAGGACGUACCAGGAAUCGAGUUCAUCCGCGAGACGCUCUACGCCGCUCUCGCGGAAGUCCUCGAGCGCCGUCCCGGCCUCCGCCGCCUGCUCCGCACAGACCCCGCGCGCGCGUACUUUGCCUCCGUCGCGCUCGCCGUCGUGGACGUCGCCUCCUCGUCCGCGACAAAACCGAACUCUGCGCUAGACAAGCUUAGGGAGGAGGGCCUGCCUCCGAGUCCCGGGUCGCGCGACCCGAGGGAGCCGGUGCUCAGGGGCGUGCUGGGGCAGACGCUGGCGCUGAGCGACUGUCCGCAGCCGUUGAGGCCGUUCAUGGCGGAGCUGUGCAGCAUCGGGACGAAGCUGCACGAGAUGGAGGAGGAGGAUAGCGCGGCGACGGUGCGCGCCCUGCAGCGUGGGGAGGACCCCCCGGUGCCGCGUUUAGAGCGCGUCUACCAGAUUCUGGAGAAGGGCGUUGGGUACGCGCGAAGACCGAGCGACGUGGGUACGGGGAGAGCGGGGGAGCGGGAGGGGGAGGUGCUGAGAAGGCGGAGGACGAGCACGGAGGGGCGGGCGGUGGCGUUUGCGAACAGGAUCAAUGCGCUCGCGCUGGGGAUGACGAAGUUGAGGGCGUUCAGGGAGAGGCAGGAGAUGGUGUUCAAGGUGCUUGCGGGCGUGGGUGGGGCUGGGACGGGAUCGUAG